CUCUCAGUUACCGUCUUAAUUUAGUUCCGCCCUCUCUGUGUCCUUAAACCUAGAAGCUGAAGCCUGAUUGGUUACUACGCAGUGACGUCACCGUCUGAGACGGCAUCGACGGCUGACAGACUCCAGAUAAGCUACUUAUUUGACCUUGCUGCUUAACGUUGACCGCGAACAACACACCGGUCAGAGGAAACAUGGCUACAUUAAGUCUGCCUGACAUGCCACAGUUCCCCAUGCCUCCGAUGACGGCGACACCAAGUUCGGGUAUCAGGUUAACCAAAGAGCAUUUCCUGAUAGCUGUGCCUGUAGCUGUCAUUGCAGCAGCUGGAGGUUUCCUUGUAAGCCACUACUUAAGCAGGCGCAGCUGUAAGAAAGUAAAAGUGAACACAUCCAUCAGCAAAGACAGUCCCAAAGUGGUCCACAGCUUCGACAUGGAGGACAUUGGCACCAAAGCUGUGUACUGUCGCUGCUGGAAGUCCAAAAAGUUCCCCUACUGUGACGGUGCCCAUGCCAAGCACAACGAGGAAACCGGGGACAACGUUGGACCGCUUAUCAUCAAAAAGAAGGACGCUUAAUCCAACCUGCUGGAGAACUCGACCCUCUCCUACUGCUCAUUCUCCUGCCUGGUGUGACGCUGGUGCUGCCAGAACGAACCAGAAAUCAUUUGUCAUUACAUGCGUUCCUCACUGUUCCCGCACUAAUCCAAAUGACUUUGAAAUCAAAGAUCAUAUCAGAGAACAUUAAGAAAAAAGACUCCAGCAAUCAGUGCAGGCAGACAUAGUGGCAUUUGUGAGCAGUCCGAUCCCGUUUGUUGAUUUGUUGGUAUUGUGGCCUAACGCUACCUGUCACCCGUGUCCCCUCUGUCGUUGGCUCCUGCUGGUGCGGAGCAGGUAGUGAAAACAAGAAACUCUCAGUUCUUUGCUUCUGUCGGUUCAGCCUUGCAACUGAUUUUGGCACAGGCCUUAUACUGAAAUCUGCACCUGAAACACACACAACCCAUAUGAAUGUUUUGUGGAACAAUCUAAUUUUUCUCUCUUUCUUGCUGCUUAGUCAAAAUAAAUGGAGGCCACGGCUUGUCUUAAAUCAAAUAAUUAAUUUGUGAGACAACCUUGCGUUUGUGACUAUUUCCGAUCUGCUUCGAGAAAAAACAGUUGUAUGUCAACUGUAGUGUCCAAAGGUAAAACCUCUACUCUCAAGGAUAUAUAUUUUGCCUGUCACUGAGUUGAUUUUUUUUUUUUUCUAUUUGCUUGCGGUGCGAUUGAGUCACUGUUCUGUAUAUUGUUAAUAAAACUUGUUGAGUGAUCUGA